AGCUCCCAGCAUUUUGUCACCAUAUCAUAUCGCUAAAUCACAUCACCGAGCAAGAAUUCCUGGUCGCGCAACUCUAUUAACAGGUAUUAUACCAUACAAUAUCCAAGAGUGCAAUUCAUUCAAGAUGUUGCCCCUCGGUCUCUUGAACGCGGCCCAAGGUCAUCCUAUGCUCGUAGAGCUUAAGAACGGAGAGACACUGAACGGACAUUUAAUACAAUGCGACACGUGGAUGAACUUGACGCUAAAGGAGGUCAUACAGACGAGCCCAGAAGGAGAUAAAUUCGUCCGCCUACCCGAGGUAUAUAUCAAAGGCAAUAAUAUCAAAUACCUCCGAGUACCAGACGAGAUCAUCGACCUUGUGAAAGAGCAACAGCACGGCCAACAAGGUGGAUUUAGAGGUGGCCGUGGUGGGCACGGCCAGCAGAGGGGAGACCACGGCGGUAGGGGCGGCGACAGAGGCAGCCGCGGCGGACGAGGCCAAGGAAGGGGUAGGGGUAGAGGCCGAGGAGCUUGAAGACAAACCGAUAGUACGAUACCAACGUGGAAAAUAUACCGGUGGCCAAGCCACUAUCAAGGCUCCCGAACAGUAGCAGCAUGAGGACGUAUAACACGCCUCCAAGAAGCUAGCAGAGUUGGGCCACAGUGCCAGGAUAUAGUUCAGAUGAAGAUACCCAGCCCGCCGCGAUGGUGUUGGCGCAAACAGUACACGUGUAUUUGUUAAACUGCUGUGAACUCCCAACAUAGGCCGCGGGAGACGCCAUAGCGACAAUCCAAGUACGCUCUGAGAUGUACCUAAACUCCCAGCUAUUAUUCUAAGCUUCCGGACUCCUCAUACCAUGAAUGUCUCGGUCGCAUAACGUCCAACAUAUUAGAUUGGAAUAUCUACCCGAUAAUAGGCACAUAUACC